AGACCGGACAAAGUGAGAAAAUCCUAACCCUAAAAUCGUUGUUCCUUUUCUUUGUUUCUUCGAAGAUGAGUGAAGAAGGCAAGAGCAGAGGCUUUGUCGGUGGUAGUGAUCAGCAGCAACAUCAACAACACCACUAUGGAACAUUUCAAGGAGUUCCCGGUUAUCCUCCGUUGGAGCCGCAACCGGCGAUGGGGUUCCCUCAGCCGGUUCCUCCACCCGGUGUGGGUUCACCUUCUGCGCCUCCUUACUACGCUCAUGGGUAUCAAGCCGUUCCAGAUUAUGCAGUUGCUGAAGGAAGACCUGUAAGAGAGCCCCGCCUUCCUUGUUGUGGGAUUGGUAUCGGCUGGCUUUUCUUUAUCAGCGGUUUCUUUCUUGCGGCCAUCCCCUGGUAUGUAGGAGCUAUCAUCCUACUUUGUGUCCGGAGGGUAGAUUACAGAGAGAAACCAGGUCUCAUUGCUUGUACCGUUGGUGCUUUUCUUGCCAUAAUUGCUAUCAUUAUUGGUGUGACAAAGGGCACUCAUGAGUGGUGAUUCCCCCAAGGUUCUGCAGAAAAAGAAUAGAUGUAUAUAUUCACCCGCAAAUUCUGAAAAUAAUCAGGGUGUUAAUUUUUUUUAUCAUGCUAUCUUUUGUGCAGGAUUUAGCUUGUUUUGAUAUAUAUUAUGUAAACUUG